AUAACGUCAAAAAUUCAGUUAUCACUUUAUCAGCAAAGUUGAUUUUGCAUUGCAAAAUUGUUCCUUUUUUAUUUCAAAUAUAUUUUUUUUUAAUCUUCAUUCAUAAAAGAUGUCUCCACAAGCUAAAAUUGGUCCAUCAAUUCUAAACGCAGAUCUAGUUGAUUUGUACCGUGAAUCUCAAAAGCUUCUGGACAAUGGAGCCGACUAUUUGCAUUUGGAUGUGAUGGAUGGACAUUUUGUGCCAAAUCUUACCUUUGGUCAUCCCGUAGUAAAGUGCCUUCGAAAUAAAAUCAAAACUGCGUUCUUCGAGACACACAUGAUGGUAUCAAAUCCCGGUCAAUGGAUUGAACCGAUGGCAGAUGCCAAUGUAAAUCUCUAUACAUUCCACAUUGAGCCAGUUAUGGAGAGUGUCAAGGAAGUGUGUCGAAAAGUAAAAGAAUCUGGAAUGCAGGUUGGAUUGGCAUUGAAGCCGGGAACACCAGUUGAGCAUGUGGCCAAAUAUAUCGAUGAUGCUGAUCUGGUUUUAGUAAUGACAGUAGAGCCAGGAUUUGGUGGGCAAUCUUUCAUGGCCGAUAUGAUGCCAAAAGUAGAAUGGUUAAGAAAAAACUACCCCAAUCUUGAUAUUGAGGUUGAUGGAGGUGUUAGCACUAAAACUAUUGAUUCCUGUGCCAAGGCUGGUGCUAAUUUCAUUGUAUCCGGCACAGCAGUGAUCAAGGCUGAUGAUCAGAAAAAAGUGAUAAGCGAACUUAAAAGUUGCGUACAAAGUUAUUUGCAUUAAAAAGUGUUAUGUCAUAGAAGUUAUUUGGUAUAGGUGUUUUAUAUAAAAAGAAUUUAAUAAAAACAAAUUUGAAAAGA